CGUCUGCGGUCGACUACUUUAGGCUGCUGUUUGAGUUGCUCGGCAAUCUGCACCUCGUGAUCUGUAGAUGUUUACUCAUCGUCGGCAUCUGAAGUGGUUUGAUCAGAUGAUCGAAGGGAUUUAACCGACAUCAGAAACAGCCGGCGGCAGUGCCCGCUGACAGACGCAGAGGAGCCGACAGUGACCCACCGGCUAUGCCACAUCGGGAGCCAUGGCGGGUUGGCACCGGUUAACAGCCCUCCGCAUCGGCUUGUUGUUGUUAUUGUUUUCGGAACCGAGCAGAGGAAGACCCGCAGAAAAAUGCCUCCAGAACAACUCAUGUCGGAGCCAGAGACCCCCCGUCGUCCUCAUCCCGGGGGAUCUGGGGAACCAGCUGGAAGCGAAGCUGGAUAAACCCAGCGUGGUCCACUACAUCUGCUACAAGAAGACAGACAAUUUCUUCACUCUGUGGCUCAACCUGGAGCUGCUGAUGCCCUACGCCAUCGACUGCUGGAUAGACAACAUCAGGCUGAUCUACAACAGUACCACACACACCUCCGACGCUCCACCAGGUGUGGAAGUUCAAGUCCCGGGGUUCGGAAAGACGUAUUCCUUGGAGUAUCUGGACCCCAGCAAGCGCAGUGUGGGCAUGUAUUUCUUCAGUAUUGUGCAGGCGAUGGUGGAGUGGGGCUACACCAGAGACGAUGACGUGAGAGGAGCGCCGUACGACUGGAGGAAAGCUCCGAAUGAAAAUGGAAAUUAUUUCAAGAAUCUGACGAAGAUGAUCGAGGAGAUGGCGGAGAAGGCGGGACGCCCCGUGCUGCUCAUCGCCCACAGCAUGGGGAACAUGUACACCCUGUACUUCCUCAACCAGCAGACGCAGGCCUGGAAAGACAAAUACAUCAAAGCUUUCAUCUGUCUGGGGCCACCAUGGGCCGGCGUGGCCAAAACCCUCCGCGUGCUCACAUCUGGUGACAAUGACCACAUCCCGGUGAUCAGCCCACUGAAGAUUCGCUCACAGCAACGGACCGCCGUCUCCACCAGCUGGCUCCUCCCGUAUGCCCACACCUGGCCCAAAGAUCAGGUUUUUGUCCGAACCCCCACCAACAACUACACCUUGCAGGACUACGAGAAAUUCUACUCGGACAUCGGUUUCGCAGAAGGCUGGCUGAUGCGUAAGGACACCGAGCCGCUGGUGUCCAGCCUGACCGCCCCCGGCGUCGCCGUCCACUGCCUGUACGGCAACGGCAUCCCCACGCCCGAGGCCUUCCGGUAUUCGGACAAGUUCCCAGACGUGGAGCCUGACGUGACGUACGGCGACGGGGACGGGACGGUCAACCUGCGGAGCGCCGUGCAGUGCAAGCGGUGGGCGGGGCAGCAGAAGCAGCCCGUCACGCUCAAAGAGUUGCCGGGCAACGAGCACGUAAACAUGCUGACGAACCUCACCACGGUGGAGUACAUCAAGUCUGUGCUUUUCUCCCCGUGAUGCUGCCAAAAGCCUGACGUUCAGGCCAACAAACGUCUCAACUCAAAGUGUUCAAGUUUUACUUGAGAAAUCCUUUUUUUGUGUGUUUGUGAAAUGUGUGUGAGAACUGGCACGUCUAACCCUGAAAUCUACAGAUGUCGAGAUGUUUUUGUCGUUAAGACUUAAUACUUUUUUUUAUCGUUCUCAGAUUUCCACAAAGUUUAGAUUUCAUUCAACAACUUGUUGCAAGAUAAAAGAAUGUGUGUCAAAAAGCGGGGAUGAUUUAUUAAUACUGCGAGGGUUUUCUACAGCUCUUUGUAACAUAAAAUAUUAAGCACAGAUUAUAAUCACCCUGUUAAUUUUUUUAAAUUUUUACAUUUUUGUCUUAUUUUCAUUUGACUUGUGAAAUUUGUUGAUUAUGUUUUGCACUGAGCCAAGCUGUUGCGGCUCUUAUGUGGUUGGUAAUACAGAAGUUACAGACUGCCGCCAUAUCAACACUGCAAAAACACAAAAUCUUACCAAGCAUUCUUGGUCUAGUUUCUAGUCCAAAUUAUCUUUAACACACUUGAAAUAAGACAAAAUUAACUGACAAGUAACUUUUCAGCAAGAUAUAGGGGCUUAUUUCAAGUAAAUGAUUAAUAUUAAUUAAAAAAAGUACUGUUCCACUGACAGGUUAUUUCACUUAUAACAAGACAUUUUUCUCAUGUUAUAAGUGACAAUCUGCCAGUGGUACUAGUACUUUUCUAUUUUUACUUAAAAUGAGCGCUUGCUGAAAAUUUACUUGUAAGUUACCUUUGUCUUUAUUCAAGUCUAUUAAGACACACAAGCAACUAGACAAAAAUACUUGGUAAGAUGUGUUUUUCCAGUGAGACUUUUUUUUAAAGAAUAAUUUUAUGAUCUACAUCUUGGUUUGUAAAAACAAUUCUGAAAGUUAAAUAAUGCAGGGAAAAGAUCACACACAAAAAGGAACGGCUAAUCUACUUGGUCCAUUUUCCUGUUUGAAUCUUUUUGUUUGGGUUUGGUUUCAAUCAGGUGCCUUAAAAGGCUUUAAUUGCAGGAAGCCGGAAGGAGGAGACUCUUCCUGACUGACAUGGAUCUUCUCCUAGAUGUUUUCUACUUUUCCUCGCUGUUUAAGUUGUUAAAUGUUCAGACCUUUUAGAGAAACCCAAAUCCUGCUGUGCAGAUGUGGAGAGAAAACUCUGGACCUACGUGAUUGUACUGUGCCAUGAAGCCCUCACUGACCAAAAUGAUAUUACUAUAAAGUUUCACUUCUGCUGUAAGUGAUUAUAAAUGUGUAUCAUAAACGAGCUGCCUUCUGUAGAGUAAAAUACUUCAAGUGAA